GUUCUGUAGAUUGCAGACCGCAGACUGCGGCGCCACUCUCCUUCAAAUUCGAACAAGUUGUGGAGAUGCCUAGGCCAAACGAGCAGGCCAGUAGAAGCUUGAGCAACGAAAGAGAUACGAGGAGAUCGGGCCCUGAUUCGGCUACGGAUUCACAGCCAUGGGAUCGAGUUCCCACAUUCGCAUUUCACACACCAAUGUCUCUCCGAGCCCUCCGAAGGAGAAAAGCGGAUAUCACGGCCCGUCCUAGCAUCAAAGCUUGACUUCGAUCCACCCCACACACGCGUACGGUAGCGUCUGCAACGUUGAGGCA